AUGGCAGAAACAAUGUUGAAAGCUCAAGCUUCAGGCGCAGACGCAGGUACCUCCAAAGUUCCUCCUACUCCAACUCCUAUUCCAUCUCCCACUCCUACAGUCAACCCAUCACAAGACGAAGGGUCUGCAAUCGAACUCAGCUCAGCUCCUACCUUCAGUCUUGAUGAUGAAGACAUCCAAGAGGUCAACAAACCGAACCCUUCAGACGACGACCUGAUGAUGUUUGAAGAAGAAGAGGAGUCCAGUGGUUCUCAGCAUUCAACUUCCAAGCCUAAAGAGAAGAAGAAGAAGAAGAAAAAUGUUGUCAUCCGGAAGGAGUUCAUGAGCCUUCAAGCCAAAGUGAUAGAUGAGACUCAUACUACUUAUGAGUCCACUAUCUCUAUUCUUCAAGCAACCAUCAACAGACUGCAGAAAUCCCUUACCUCCAACUUGCAUGGCCCUGAGAUCCUCCAGCUUACCAAAGAAAUACACAAGCUGCUCUUUAACUCCUCCACUCCAAACAAUUCCCAAUUGGCAGAGGCUAUCAAAGCUCAGUUUCAAGAAGUCUGUGCCAAGAGUCCCCCCAUCAUCACUGAGAAAAUCCCCACACUGCAGCCCUCACCGCCACCAUCUCAACAUACCCCAUCUCCCCACACUUCACCUCCAAAAGACACUCCCAAAAAGCCUUAG